UUCUACAUUCCAGUCAUUCCGGGCGCAGCGAACAAUCGGCCCUCAGUUAUUUAUUAGCGCAGCUCGGGCUCUGCUCAGUCUGCUGCUGCCCGUCGGUGCGCACACACACUCACACUAACACUCACACACACACACACACGUACAUGGAGGAAUGAAAAGGAGACGCGUGGGGGAAACAACUUCGUGGACGCCGUUGGAUUGAGCGCGAUUAAGAGAUUACGCAGCACGCGGACCGUUGUCGUGGGCGAUGAGACUAUCAUUUGAUUUGUGACUUGUGAAUUGCCCGAGCCGCCCCCUCCAGGCUGUGUUUUUAUUUUUAAUUUUUUUAUUCCUACUGAGUGAAAUGAGAACGGCUGAAGAGUCCUCUGGAACGGUCCUGCACCGUCUCAUCCAGGAGCAGCUCCGCUACGGGAACCUGACAGACCACCGCACGCUGCUGGCCAUCCAGCAGCAGGCCCUGCGCGGAGGCAGCGGCGGCGGCGGCGGGGGCACCGGCAGCCCCCGCUCCUCUCUGGAGAGCCUCACUCAGGAGGAGACCCAGUACAUCCAGAUGUCAACACGGCAGGAGCCCCAGGGCCAGGAGCACCACGGGGACGGCCUGCACUCCGAGAGCCCCGUCUGCCACCUGUACCAGCUCCACGGCGAGGAGCUGCCGACGUACGAGGAGGCCAAGGCCCACUCCCAGUACCUGAUCUCCCAGAAGGGGCAGGUGGAACAGGAGGGUCCCGGCAUGGACAUAAUGGGGGGCCGCAGCGAGGGCCAGUGGGACCUGAAGAGGGAGCACGCCCGCUCCCUCAGCGAGAGGCUCAUGCAGCUUUCUCUGGAGAGAAACGCGCCAAGAGCGAACCUGGGUGUACGCUUUUCAAGCAGCCAUCCACAGCUGUACAGCAACAAUGCUACAAACACUAUGGCACCCGACAGACAAGGGAACCUGCAGUGUGUAGACCAGCGCGGGCCACCCCCGGACUAUCCUUUCUGUGCCACACUUCCUGGAUACAUGCUCAGUCACUCACAGGAGCAUGUGCAGUACUACAGGGACCCCCCUCCCCCCUUCUUCUCACACCACAGCAGGUAUGUGUCUGCUCAGUCCCAGGCGGCCCCCGGCAGCAUCUCCGCGGCCUCCGGCAAUAACUCGGCUCCGUCGGACGCGCUGCUGCGGGAGAACGAGAGGCUCCGGAAGGAGCUGGAGGUCUACGCAGAGAAGGCCGCCCGGCUGCAGAAGUUGGAGUUGGAGAUCCAGAGGAUAUCCGAAGCGUACGAGACCCUGAUGAAAGGCUCCGCCAAGAGGGAAACUUUGGAGAAGACGAUGAGGAACAAACUGGAGGCCGAGAUCAAGAGGAUGCACGACUUCAACCGAGACCUGAGGGAACAGCUCGACUCGGCGACCAAGCAGCGAGCAGCCAGGGAGGCGGAGUGCGUGGACGAGAAGCAGCACGUCUUUGUUAAACUACUGGAGCAAAAAGAGGAGCAGCAGCGGGAGCGCGAGCGCCUGGAGAGGCAGGUCCAGCACAUGCUCGUCUCGGGCGAGGAGUGCCAGCGGAGACGGGAGCUGCUGGAGCACGGCCUGGCCUCGGCGCGGGCCCGCAACCGGCAGCUGGAGGAAGAGCUGCAGAGGAAGCGGGCCUACGUGGAGAAAGUGGAGCGGCUGCAGAGUGCGCUGGCCCAGCUGCAGGCGGCGUGCGAGAAGAGGGAAGUGCUGGAGCUGCGGCUCCGCACUCGGCUGGAGCAGGAGCUGAAGAGCCUCAGGGCACAACAGUCUCGGAACCAGGCAGCUGACCCCGCGGCUUCGGAACCGAGCACCUUCGCGCUGCUGCAGCUGAGGGAGAGAGAGGAGCGCAUCCUGGCCCUGGAGGCGGACAUCACCAAGUGGGAGCAGAAGUACCUGGAGGAGAGCACCAUGAGGCAGUUUGCGAUGGACGCAGCUGCCACCGCUGCGGCAGAGAGGGAUACAACCAUCAUCAGGCACUCGCCCGGACAUUCACCGAACAACAGUUUUAAUGAAGACCUGCCUCUGUCGAACCACCGACAUCAGGAGAUGCAGAACAGGAUCCGGGCCCUUCACGCUCAGCUCCUGGAGAAGGACGCCGUGAUUAAAGUCCUGCAGCAGCGCUCCCGGUGGGAGCAGGGCAGGCUCCGACUGGCGAGGUCCGUCCCGUCCAUCAACACCGUGAGCAGCAGCACGGAGACUAAAGGAAAGAGCCUCUCCGACGACCUGACAGGUGUUGCGCCGCUGCGGCCGCAGCCCCGCCCGGCGCCCCGGGUAGCGAGCAGAGACUCCAGCACCCAGAGUGACGAGGCCCCGCCGGGGCCGGAGCCCACGGCAGAGUCGGGCAAGCUGAAGAGGUCUGAGGCGACGUCGGCAGCCGCCACCAACGCCUCGGAGGAGCCGAAGGCAUCCCCUGGGACACUCAAGGGCAUCAGCAGCCCAGAAGCCGAGAUGGUUGAAAUCCUCAUUUGAGCGAAGCUCAAAUAACUGAACGACGAGCGCCACCGACCACGGCGACGGACGCGUUUGGCCCGAGGCGACGGGCCGCUUUCGUCCACGGCCUCGAACAUCAAGAAAUGUCUGGAAUCAGCGUGUCCAGAGUCCCACGGUGCGACCAGGGUUCGGAGGGGAGAGCUGAGCUUUCCUUUCUGCUUCUGCUCCCGCUCCCGCGCGACUCACAAACUCUGAACUUUUGUCUCACAAGUCAGAAUUCUUCUUCUCGGUACCUAUACAGCUCUCUGCACGGUGAUAGGAACUGGGCUGUCAGUGUGUGCAUAUAUGUACAUAGGUUGUGCAUGUUACGAUUAUUAUUAUUAUUGUUAUUAUUAUUGUUAUUAUUAUUAUUAUUAUUAAUAAUAUUAUUUUUUAUUUCAUUUUUGUAACGUAUUUAUAUUUGUAAAUGCUGCUCAUGUCGUGAUAUUUUCGUCUUGGUGAGAAGAACAAGGAUCACUUUUCUCAACUUUUUAAUAUAUAAAUAUACAGAUAGCUCUCUUUUCUGCAUUAUGUGCACAGCCUGGCGACACAUUGUUUCCAGUAGCACGCCUGGCACCGUGGGAAUAUUUCUGAAGUGACCCAGUACAAGCAUCCCCUCGGCUUAGGGCCAUGUGUGAGGAUUACUCUGUUUGGGAGAACAACUCCAACCUAAAUUAACAGUUGCUCCCCUCUUUUUAAAAUACAUCCGAGGCCCUGCCCAGCAGAGGAUUUGGAAAGAUCCUUUUGAAUGUGGGGCACGCUCAUUUCCCUCUUAAAAAAAGCCCGUGGGGAUUGAGUGUUUCGCGGUGGGGCAUCUAAUUUUUCCCGAUCCAGGGUUAAUGUUCGGGGGGCCUCCGACGGCGACCGACCGACAUUUUCGCUCCCCUCCGCUGACAUGCGGGAGCUAAUCUUCUCACAUUCCUCGCUGAGGGAAUGCUCCUGUUAAAGAAAAAGGGCUAUCUAAAGUCUGACCCCCUCACCCUUGUUAAAACGGUAUGCAUUCUCCACAUGAUUCCUUUUCCUGGGGCUGGUCACAUCGUCUGGGCCGUGGUAGCUGGUUCUACCGUAAGUGUGGAAAUGGCCAACUAUAAUUGGCCUGCAUGUGCUACUCUAUUUGUUGUCCCCAUCACUGUGUUAUAUUCAGCUGUGUUUCCUCCCCAUCGCUCGAGCAUCUCGCAUGUCUGAGCGGACUACAACCAUAAUGUGGAAUCUUCUAUUUAUUUCUGCCCCGCAUGCCGUGGGAUCGCUCAACGCCGCUGAAUGUGAAGACCCCCAUGUUUUUUUCCCCGGAACACGUUUUGUCGUUGACUGGAAUGUGCCACGGUUCACAUCUGUUACACUCUUGUAGAGGGGGAAUCCCGCUGACACUCAACAUCAGCGGAUUUGUGAAGAAGCUAACGUGUUAUCGUCCAGUGUUGAAAAAUGUUAGUACAGAUGUUAGGGUCUGCAGGUCCAUCUUCAUUUGAAGUUCUACAGGUCUAACAUUGAACCGGUAUUCCCCCUGAAGCCUCACCAUAUUUCCUGUCGCAGUGCAUUUGCUGGCCAGUGCAACGUGUCAGUCCGCAUCAAUGCCCUUCAAUAUUUUUGGAACGUGUUUACAUGAAUGGCUUUUUGAAGUGAGAGAAGUUAAUAUAUUUUUAAGUUCGUUUUUUUGUCGUUGUCCAUUUAUAUAUGUGUAAUUUUAUUUUGUUGUCUGGUGCCAAAGAUGUGCCCAACUAUUUUUUAAGUUAUAACCAAUGACAAACGCAAGUGGUUCUGUUGCUUCAGCUGGUUGACCCGAUAUGAUGUUGCUGUGAACGUUUGUAAAGGAAACAUUUGUACGUACGCCUUUAACAUUUCACAAUGAUAGAUUAAAAUUCUUAAUAUAUGUCUGAUAAA